GCACCAUCCGCACGUUUAUAAGUACAUCCAUAAGAUACACCAUGAAUGGACAGCUCCUAUAGGCAUUAUAUGUAUAUAUGCUCAUCCUUUAGAGCACUGUCUCGUUAAUAUGACGCCUGUCAUUUUAGGACCAAUAAUAAUGGGAUCACACUUAGCUACAGCAUGGGUGUGGUAUUUUGUUACACUUGUAUCCACAACUAUAUCCCAUUGUGGUUAUCAUUUCCCUUUCCUACCAUCACAAGAAGCACACGAUUUUCACCAUCAAAUGUUUAUGAACUGUUUUGGUGUACUUGGUAUUCUUGAUCGUGUUCAUGGAACAGACAACAUUUUCAGGGCCAGCAAAGCAUACAAAAGAGACAAGAUAUUACUAAGUCUGACACCGAUGUCUCAACAAUAUCCAGAUUAACCAUAAAAUAUUAAACUGUAUCUGGAGACAACAACUCAUUCCUACAAUCAUUUAGUGGUUACAAAUAUUGCGUUUCCGUGGAUCAGACAACAUUUUCAGGGCCAACACAGCAUACAAAAGAGACAAUUUAUUACUUAGGCUGACACCGAUGUCUCAAAUAUAUGAAGAUCAUCCAUAAAAUACUAAACUGUAUC